AUGAAGAUUCUUUUUGUUCUAAUUGGUUUGUUGGCAUCCCAAGCAGUAGCCAUGUGGCCUAACUCGUGGAUUGUUGGAAAUACUUGCGAAGUCAUUGCCGGUAGAAACUUUGACAAUUGCACUUCGCAAGAACACGAGUGUCUAUGCACAAACCAAAACUUCCUUUCUUCUGUGGUCCAAUGCCUUAAUGAUAAUCUCUCAAAAACCAGUCAGAUUGACAAGGCAUGGGACUUUGUACUUAACAAACGAUGUCAUUCCCCAGAAAAUUUCUCUUCGGACGAUAUUUACAAACGUUCUUUAACCUAUCUCUCCCAAAAGUCCACGGUCCAACUCAAUGCCUCUACUAAAUACACAGACGUUUUCACCCAGCCUAUUGUGGGAGACCGCACGGCUAUCCGUGAAACUUACACCUCCAUCUACUACAAUCUCCAUAACCGCGAUGUCGGUACAUGGCAAGGCUCCGUACUUGUUAUGAUCUGGGUCUUUAUCAUAGGUAUGUCUGGAUUGUACCGCUUUAUACGCUACAUAUCUGUCACGUUUGCACCUAAGUCUCAAUCUAUGGGCCGUCCAGGUUGGAUCACUAGAAACUACCACAAGCACAUCUCCAUUCCUGCUGCUUUUGGUCACAGACACAUUGACCGGUACUAUCUCUUUGACUUUAUUCCAAUCUUUUUCCCGACUCGGUUUGAAUCAAUCGUCAUUUCUUUUUACACCCUUAUGACGCUCAUCUUUAUGUGCACCGGGUACAAGUUCCAGCACAACAACCCGCUUUGGGCAACACAUUACUCCGAACUGGUCCUGAAUGUUUCCAACAGGGCUGGCAUCCUUGCAUCCAUUCAGAUCCCACUUCUUACGCUCUUUGCACUUCGCAACAGUUUCCUUAUAUGGAUUUCUGGCUGGUCCUUUGCCACUUUUAACGCCUACCAUCGCGCUAUUUCUCGCGUGACUGUACUACUGGCAAUUAUCCAUGCGGCUUCAAAGCACGAAAUGAUGUUGAGCUUCCAUGCCCCCUUGCGUCUUAUUUACUAUCCCACCAUGCUCUUUCGCCUUGGUGUUACCGCUUUGGUUCUUUGGACCCUCAUGAUUCUCCUUGGUUUUUUCCGCGUCAAGUACUACGAACUGUUUCUGUUUGUGCACAUUGUGGGUGCUGUGGCGUCUUAUAUUUGUAUCCUGUUUCAUCUCAAUCAUGUGGGAUACAAGCAAACCAUUUAUGUUUCGCUCGCCAUGAUUCUGGGUGACAUUAUGUUCCGUAUCGGAAGAAUUUUGUUCUCAAACACAUCACUGUUUCUCAAACCGAUUGAGGGCUCAAAACGUCUCACCAAAGCGUCACUGUCGCUGCUUCCUAGCGAUGUCAUCAAUGUGCGUGUCCGCACUCCGAUUCACUGGCCCUUUGCCCCUGGUCAAUAUGUGUAUAUCCAUUUUAACCGCAUGAACAUUUUUGAGUCGCACCCAUUUAGUGCGGUUGGCCCGUCUUCUGAUGGUGAAUCGUUCCAGCUGCUGUGUAAGGCCCGUGGAGGCAUCACCAAACGGUUGUAUGACCAUAUGCUGGAGCUUGGUGCUAAUUCUGGUGAGAAAAUUGAAAUGAGUGUUUUGAUUGAGGGCCCUUAUGGUGUUCACUGUCCUGUUGAACGGUUUGACAGUGUGCUUUUAGUUGCCGGUGGUAUUGGCAUUACUGGUAUUAUCCCAUAUGCUGAAUACUUGGCUCUCAGUCCACAAUAUCAUGAAAUUGUUCUACUUUGGACUGUCAGUUCUGUUGAAGAGUUAACUUGGAUUGACGAACGGCUGCAGUGGCUUUCGGAAACAGGCAAGGCUAAAAUAAAACUUUACGUGACUAGGGGAGGCACGGCUCCCAAGACCAAGGAAGACACAGUCAUAGAGGAUGGAGUUGCAAUGACCGAACUCGACAAGUCAGUGAUUAUGGAUCCUCCUCCAUCGUUCCCCAGACACUCUUACGAAACAGACCAAAUGUAUCUUGUGGGCGAAGGAAACACGAAGCGCUAUUCAGAGACUGGCGAGCCUGGCAUGCGGCGCAAGAUGUCAUUCCGUAAGCACAUCAAGAGUUUAAGUCAAAACAGCAUCCGAGUAGACUUGGACCAGCGGAUGGAGAAUAUUGACGGAAACGAGAUGGUAGAUUGGACGGAUUACUCGACGCACCACCAUCAUCAUUUACGCCAUAACAGCAAAAAUGGCAGUUUAUAUUAUGCACAAACACCAAUUACAGAGGAAGACCAGUCAACAAAACACAAUACAGCGUCUACAAACACUGCCAUCAACACGGCCGCACAAACACCAGUCAAGUCGUCGACGCCACUGCCAUACCAGCCUGGAUAUCGGUAUAGCUACACUCCUGGCAAACGCACGAGUGCAAUUCUAGCUCAGAGCGCUAGCACGGCUGACCAGAAGACAGCUCCUCAUAGCAUUAAUGUUGAAGAAAUUGUUCCUGCUCAAUCUUGGAUGAGUCAUGUCAUUGAGGGGGGACGACCAAAUCUGAUGGAAACGGUACAAGAGUUCUUUCGCAACAGUUCGGGCAGCGUGUGUGUUGUUGGAUGCGGUCCUGCGCGCAUGAUGGACACGCUAAGGAGGGCGACGUGUGUACACUACGACUUGGUUGAAAAUGGGCGACUAGAGUAUUACGAGGAGGCUUUUACAUGGUAA